AUGGAUUCCGACGAAUGGCAGGCAAAUAUCACAUGUGUGCCUCAAAAGCGUCCUUUCGAACAAGAUCCGGUUGAGUCGAAGCGAAGAAACCAUGGUUCCGAACAUCUGGAUGACUAUACUGUUGGCUGGAUCUGUGCUCUUCCUAUCGAGAUGGCGGCGGCAAAGUGUAUGCUGCAAGUCAUCCACGGUAAUCUGGAGAAGAGCCCCAGCGACAGCAACGCAUAUAUCUUGGGCAGUCUUCACAGCCACAAUGUAGUCAUUGCCUGUUUACCAAUGGCCGGGUACGGCACAAAUAAUGCCGCCAUCGUGGCGAGCAAUAUGCGCCGGACGUUUCCCUUCAUACGAAUGUUCCUACUAGUCGGAAUAGGUGGUGGUGUCCCAGAUAUUGAGCAUGACGUACGACUUGGCGACGUAGUGAUCAGCACAGGCGUAAUCCAGUACGACAUAGGCAAGACUAUUCAGCAAGGCCUUUUCCAAGCAACCGGUGUUAUUCGUCGGCCCAUGCCAACCCUCAUGACUGUCGUUUCGGCAUUACGAGCACGACAUGAAUCAGAGCCCUCCCAGAUUCCCGAUAUUCUUUCUGAUAUGCGAAGACGUUACCCCACUAUGAGAGAAUACACCGAUCUCGAGCGACUCCAGGAUUUAUUGUUCGAUAGUGCCUAUGACCAUGCCGAGUCGAGUGAAAAUUGUAAUGACUGUGAUAGAUUAAGAUUGAAGCACCGGCCUAUGCGAAAUGAUCAGCACCCACAAAUCCAUUACGGAAUCAUUGCCUCUGGAAACCAAGUCAUGAAGCAUGCUAGGACAAGGGACCGAUUGGCGCAAGAGUACAAGGCUAUUUGUUUUGAAAUGGAGCCGGCCGGCCUAAUGGAGAGCUUUCAGUGUUUAGUUAUCCGUGGAGUCUGCGACUACUCAGAUUCUCAUAAGAGCAAAGAGUGGCAGAAAUAUGCAUCAGCUACAGCAGCAGCGUACACGAACGAGCUUCUAUCAGUUAUACCUACGACGGGAAUUGAAUCAAGUUCGAGUAGAGAAGUGAUUCAAGACAGGCGACGGCUUCUGAUGGAUUCACUGUCGUUUUCAAAAAUUGAUGCUCGACAUUCCAACAUCAAGCCUGCUCAUGGCAAGACAUGCGCAUGGCUGCUCAGUCAUCCCGAUUAUAUAGGAUGGCUAGCUCCCACUGAAUACCCUCAGCAUCAUGGGCUUCUUUGGAUUCAUGGAAAACCUGGCGCUGGAAAGUCAACUUUAAUGAAGUAUAUUUACACGCGUGCACAAGAGAACGCAGGUAUCACUCUCUCUUUCUUCUUCAAUGCAAGAGGAGAUGCUUUAGAGAAAUCGACAGAAGGAAUGUACCGAUCAUUACUACUUCAACUUCUCGAAAAACUGCCAGACCUCCAAGAAGUGCUCGAUCAGGCUGGCUACCAUUGUUCAAGCUAUAAUAGCAAUGUCCCAUGGCGGAUUGAUUCCCUCCAAAGCCUCUUUUCUGCUGCUAUCGCUAAGAUUGGGAGACAACGAGUAACAUGCUUCAUUGACGCUCUUGAUGAAUGUAGUGAGUCUCAGGUUCGGGAUAUGGUUGAAUAUCUUGAGCAGCUUGGGCAGUAUGCCCUUGAAUCUGGAAAGCAGCUUUACAUAUGUUUUUCGAGUCGUCACUACCCCACAAUCUGCAUACAGCACGGACGCUCGUUGACAUUGGAAGACCAGAAUGGACAUAGUCUAGAUCUAGAAAAGUAUGUUCGAAACAAGCUUAAGGCUGGGAAAGGAAAAGACGUCGAGCCCAUCAGGGCUGAGCUUCUUCAAAAGUCUGCUGGCGUUUUUAUGUGGGUUGUUUUAGUUGUCGACAUCCUGAACGAAGAAUUCGAACGAGGUCGUAUUUUUGCAGUACGGAAACGACUACGAGAAACACCCGCUGAACUGAGUGCAUUGUUCAAGAACAUCUUGCGACGAGACAACAAGAAUAUGGCGGAUCUUUUGCUUUGUAUUCAAUGGAUACUCUAUGCGAAAUGCCCAUUAAAACCCGAAGAAUUUUACUUUGCAGUAGUAGCCGGGCUGGAUCCGGAGCCGCAAAACUUAAGUGAAUGGGAUCCUCAAUACAUCACAACAGAUGAUAUAAAACGAUUUGUUUCAAGUUCAUCAAAAGGGCUCGCCGAAGUCACUAAGCCCAGAGCUGGAACCGUUCAAUUCAUCCACGAGUCUGUACGGGAUUUUCUCCUGAAAGACGGAGGCAUUCGUGACUUGUGGCCUGACCUGGAGAGAGAUUUCCAAAGUCGGAGUCAUAAUCAGCUGAAGGAAUGUUGUUACACUUUCAUGAAAACAGAUAUAUCUGUUCACGUUUCGUUUGAUCGCAUGAAAACAUAUGUAUCUAAAUACGAUCAACGGCUCCCAAAAGCAUCUUCCGAUGAAGCAAAAGCUUUGCGACAGCGGCUAUCAGAAAAGUUUCCUUUCCUCCAAUAUGCGACCCACAACGUACUUUACCAUGCCAACGCUGCUGCGAUAGAUUUACCUCAAGAAAAGUUUCUGAAGACUUUUGACCUUGAAAGCUGGAUUUACCUGAAUAACGUGAUCGAAAACUUCGAAAUUCGUCGUCACACUCCAUCUGCAAGUCUGCCAUACAUUCUUGCCGAGAACAACUUUGCCAGUCUCAUAAACAGAGAGCGGUACGCAUCUCCCCUGUUCGCUGCCAUAGUGAACGGACAUCAGGAGGCAAUAGUGGCUCUCUUACAGUUGGGGGAAACGGCGCUCGUUGAAAAUGGACUUAGGGAAUUUAAAUCAUCUAGAUACGGGCAGAAUUUCAAACUCAGCAAGGGACAAACACCAUUGCACUGGGCUAUGAAGGGAGGAUGCACUGAUAUCGAGUCAGAGUAUAACGAUUCUCGCCCUCUAAGCCUAGCUGCUGAGCACAAACAUACAGAGAUUCUAAAGUUAUUGCUAGAUCGGGGUGCUAAUACUGAGCCAGGCACUCUGUCAUUCGCCAUUUCGUGUGGACAUACAAACGCCAUACAGCUAUUGUUGGAUCGUGGUGCUGAUAUUGAGUCAAAAGAUAGAUUUGGCUUCACACCACUAUUCUGGGCUGUUAUACAAAGACGUCUAGAGAUCGUGAAGCUGUUAUUGCAUAGGGGUGCUAAUUUCAGGGCUAUGGACAAUGCUGGCGACACCCCAAUGUCACUCGCUAUGCGCUAUAAGCAUGAAGAGAUGGUACGGGUAUUAUCGGCGUUCGAGAACGGUCAAGAAAAUUAA